GACCCCGCUCAGGCUGGGAUGGGGGGGCUAUAAAAGGACCCUGGGUCCGGCCAGACGCACCACAAGCUGCGAGCGUCGUCUUUGCCUGUACUUCCUUUGUUGUGAAGCGCCCGAACCGUGGAGAUGUUUGCAGUCGUCGCGGCGUUGUGUCUCAUGGGUCUGUCCACCAGCCUGGCGGACCACCACCAGGCCUGCCAUUCGCCCAACAUGACGGGGACUGUUGCCAUGUCCGAUUUGAGGAACGGAGCCAAAGUAGUCGCCGAAUUUGUUUACGAUCCCUUGGCGAGGAAACUCCGCAUGAAGACCGCCCCCUGGCCCGGCUUCGUCACGACCAACUCGUCCAGGAACCUGGACCUGCUCCUGCUCUUCGACCAGGGGGUCUUCUAUGAGAUCGACAGCAAGAACCAGAGCUGUGAGAAGAAGGUUCUGCACUCGGCCGUGAGCUCCAUGGAGGUGCCACCCGGCGCCAGCUUCUCAGUGAAGACCACUCUGGGGAGCGAGACUGUGGCCGGGGAAGGACUGACCCUCAGCAUGUGGAAGGGCACGGUACCCAAGACCCAAGGUACUUACUGCACCGCUGUCACCGAGGGGUGCAUGCCCGUCAGCACCACCUACACCUCCAACUCCUCCAUCAUCAUAGUCGGCCACAUCCAGGUGGAGACUGAGAUCAAGGACCCGGAGAAGCUGUGCGUGCCGUCGUUCUGCGAGGGCGAGGAGGUGGACACACACGACGGCUCCACCCACACCUUCUUCAACCUGCUCUUCUAGCGCUCCCUCUGCCCUUGGCCCCUGUGACACGAUGCAGUACCGCAGGGGGCCACUAGAGGGAGCCUCUAGAUCUCUCAGCUCUGUAGGUCCGCUCCUGGGACCGCUGUGGUGCCUGCAGCCUGUAGCACCUAGCGCUGCUGCUCACAGUAGUUAGAAGUCUUUGAAAAUAAAAAUGUUUUAAGACAGAA